GCAAUGGAAACAUAUUUUUACGAUGGUUUUGUACCUCUGCCGCCUGACACCUGACAUAACAUCUAUGUACAAAUCGAAAUGUACUUUAAAUACCAAACGAGAAUAUUGCUUACACAAUUGAAACUGCCACGAUGCUAUGCCACAAAGCAGACAACCCCUCCAAAAGAAAGACGUCCUGUGGGUUUGGCCCAUCCGCCAGAUCCGAAGACCGUCAGCUGCGACUACAUAGGUCCACCAGAUCCGCACUCAAACCUGCGUCCCUACGUGAGGCACUACGACGACAACGAAACUACUUUUUCUAAGAAAUUGCGACUGAUGCGUAUCGAAGUAGAGGCUUGGAACGCAAGUUUCUGGAGUAGGCACAACAAACGAUUCUAUGAGGAGAAAGAGGACUUUAUACGCCUGCACAAAGAGGCUGGCAACGACGACAUCUCAGCCGAUCGCAUGAGCGUGUUUUACAAGACUUUCCUGGACAAGAACAGGCGCAUCCACUUAAUGUACAACCUAUCGUGGUAUAUGAAAAACUUUGACAUGCUCACAUUGGCAUUUAUGGUGCAUGUCCAAAAUCUUCUAGAGCGUGCAAAGAAACGAACUGGAGAUUAAGUACUCAGAUAGGAGUAUAUUUGGUAGAUUUGUUUGGUUCAUUUGGCUGAUUUUGUUCUGUGCCUCUGUUAAACUGCGGUCUAGUAUGUGAAGACUUUUGCGUAUUUAAAGAGCCAAAUAAAACAUCUCGAGUGAUUUUAUAAUUGUU